AUGGCGCCCAGCAAGAGGUGCCGACAAGGCAAUCAGCCGAAGCCGAAACGGCUGAAAGGCUCAGAUGUGUCAGAUGCAACAGCUCAGCGCUGCGCCGCGGUGGCCCAAGUCAUUUCCAAGGCGGAGCAGAUGCCGCAGGCUUGUCGAGAAAUGCUGAUAUCAGCGGUGCCUCCGGCGCUGGGCGUUCUGCCAGGAGAUCGCGACAAGCGUCAGGUCGCGCUUUCCAGCUUCAUUGGGGAGGUUCUAAAGGACAUGGAGGUCAGCCUCCUUGAGCGGCUUUUGCAAGAGAAGUACGCAGCCAAAGAACAGGUUCUUUUGGCAGCGAGGCAGAGCCAGAAGACCGCCAACACCGUCUCGCAAAGGCUGAAAGAAGUUGAGCGUGCCGAGGAGCAACUGGCGCUGUGUCUCUCUGCGGAAGAGGCGGCCAGGAUGGAGAGCGAUGCCAGGCAGAAGUCAGCUGCAGAGGCAGAGGCGGCCCGCAGCACGGCUGAGGCCCAGCUUCUGGUGGGGCACAUGGAGCUGGACCUUUGCAGGUCAGCGACGAGCAUCCUUGUGGCAGAAGUUAAGGAGUUGCAGAUGCCGGCAGAGCAAAUUGCCAGAGUGCAGAAGAUCUGCGACAACUUGGGCCUCGAGGACUCCUUGCGCUGCACGCUGCCGCUUGUGCUGCAGAAGCCGGCAGAAACCAGAUCCUUCUUGGAGAAGGCAGCUGCGCAGCUGAUCACGAAGGCGCUUCAGGCACACAUGGAGCAGCUCAGCAAGGAUCUUACCAGUGAGGAAGCCCAGACCAGCACCGAAGCAGCAACGGCAAGAGCGCAGGCAACAGAGGCGGAGUCCAAGGCUGCAGCCACCUUUUGGGCCAAGUCCAAGGAGGAUGUGAAGACGGCUAAGGCAAACGCCGAAGCGUCUCGAUGCCGCUUGGACCAAGCGCGGGCGGAAGAGACGCGGACCUUGGCAGAGUACCAAGACGCCAGCACUGCAGGUGCCGAGACGCUGGAGUUGCUUCGGCAGCUGCGCAAGGGUGCCCUCAUGGCAUAUCAGAGCCUGGAAGGACCGGUUGUUCCCGUGAAGGCGGAGAACUUGGAGCGGAAGAUAGCGGAGUUCGAGGACAGCUGCCGGUUCGAAGUCCGAGAAGUGCGAAGGGCAACCGAAGCCGAAGCAGAGUUUGGGGCAAAGUCGCAGGCCAGGUGA